GCCAUGGCUUCCCCGAGGCUCCACAGUUCUCUUCUUACUGCAAAAUAAUACACACGUUAAUCAACUCGUGAUCAAAUAUACUUUUAUAUUUUUAUUUCAUUGACACGUGCUGAAUAAUUAAAUACAAUUGCAAGUUUUUAUUUGCUAAUUGAAAAGUAUUGCUCGUCGUUCGAAAGAGCGGAAAAAAUCGCGUUUAUUUUGAAUUUUGUAGACAAAGGCAUUGUGUCGUUACCUUGUGGUUCUUAUUGGACUUUCAGUUGAAAAUCAGUUUGUUCCAGCCAACAUGCCGUCUGAGGUGAUCACGGACAAGUCGCUGCAGCGCGAGCUGGCUGACUCCAUCAUCCGCAUGGUGCCUCUCGAUGAGAUCCGCAUCCUGCUGGCUUGUGGAGCCAAGGUGAACGAACCAGUGACGCAAGGUCUACGUCCUAUCCACUACGCCAUCUGGCAGCGCUACCUGGAGGCGACGCGUCUGCUGCUCGUGAGAGGCUGCGACAUCAACGCUGUGGACGACUGCGGAUACAGCGCUCUUCAUCUUUCUGCUGAGCACGGAUAUACAGAGUUGGUGAAGUUGCUCUUGGAGAGCGGAGCAGCGGUGGACUACCGGCCCGACACCGGCGAGGAGUUCCCGCGCACCACGCUCUGUGACGAGCCGCUGCGGCUGGCCAUACGAAACAAACAUUAUGCGGUCGCCCGGCUCCUGCUGGAGCACGGCGCGGACCCUAACAAGCGCUACUUCUUCGGCGCCGAGAUCAACCUGGUCUCCGACCCCGAGUACCUGGAGCUGCUGCUGAUGUUCGGCGCCAACCCUGACUCCCGCGACCGCGCCGGCCUCACUCCGCUCAUGAAAGCUGCUAGACAGAGAAAGGGCAUAGAGUCAGUGCUGCUGCUGAUCAGCUACGGAGCGGACGUGAACGCCAUGGCGGACGCGCGCAACGACUACCGGACCGUCAUGCAUUACGCUGUCUUAGGUGGUAACACGGAUGUAGUGAACCUGUUGGUGAAGCAGGGCGCGAGGGUGAACUACGACUGUCCGGACCUCAACAAGCCCAGCGCGUUAGACCUCGCCAUUUUGAAGGGAGACGUGCCGAUGUUGCAGCUGCUGCUAUCUGCUGGUGCUCAAGUGAACUCCUCAAGUUCGGUGAUCGGCACCCCACUCCACGUGGCCUGCUCCGACAAUAUUUCAAACAGGAAGGAAAUGGUCAAGAUCCUUCUAGAAAGCGGCGCGGACCCGAACCUCAAAGUGUACAACGAAGACGACGGGGCACAGCUGAGGCCGGCGCUCGCGGAGUACCUCGCCAGCGACACUGAUCCUUGCGCGGAGACUGUGGCGUUGCUGCUUAGAUAUGGCGCCAGGGUAAUUAUGAAAACCCAGUUUCGUGAUCCGGACGGCAUUCUCAACCACCUCCAGAACGUCACCACUGUGGAGCAUGAGCACAUCUUCUACAUGCUUCUAGAAGCAGCUGAAGCCUUCGACCUUUGCAUGAUCAAAAGAAACAACGUCCUGAACGCUGUCCAAAAGGAAACCUUAAUACAAAGAGCUAAGACUCCUAUAGCUCUACUUGCUCAAGCGAGAAUAUUUUUGCGUAAAUUCUUUGGCGCAACGCUCAUUAAUGUUGUUAAGAAAUUGGAGAUCCCUAAAACUCUUCACAGUUAUCUCCUUUUCGAAUGUCGUUAAAAUAUUUUAGUAUUAUUUAUUGGAUUAUAAUAUUUGAGCCUUAUUGGCUACGCAUAAUGGCUUUAGGCCUGUGCCAUUAGAAAAUAAGAGUUUUCUAUUUUUAAACUGGCUUCCCGCCACGACUUGUGUUGGUGUUGCCAGCGAUAAUACUUUACCCAAAACAAGGGGACUCAACUGUUUCGCUAAAGGAAUACGAGUAUUGUAUCUAUCCUAUCUUA